GCUACGUGGCUGAAGAUUGGCAAACGUUCACUUCGAUUUUCUGUCAGUACUUACCGCCGCUUGGUGUUCUAUUAAACAAAAUUAGUCUAUCUUUUAUUUUAAAAUAUGGCUUCAAGUAUUCUAUACUGUUUUGUGGUGUUAGCCGCGACUGUUUCAACUAUUUUAGCGGCAAGUUGUUCAAAUCCAGAAGUUACAGCCACAUCUUUCACUACGCAAGAUGCUACAAUUGUUACAAAUAUAGCAUUUAUUGCUGAAUUUACAUUAAAAUGCAGUCCAAGUGUUCCUAGUGGCAUACCUUUGUAUGCUGAAAUUGAUGGUAAAGUAAUGCCGACUGCUAGAAUUGGAGAUAAUAAAUACCAAGUUAGCUGGACUGAAGAAAUUAACAACGCUCGCAGUGGUGAUCAUAAAGUGAGAUUAUAUGAUGAAGAAGGUUAUACUGCAGUUCGUAAAGCUAUGCGAUCUGGUGAAGAUGCCAGUGCUGUCAGGUCAUUGGUGACUAUCGUUAUUUCACAUCCUGGUGCAUUUACUGGUCCAUGGGUCAAUUCUGAAUUGGUUGCCUCAUUAGCUGCUGUUGGUGUAGCUUACUUAGCAUUUACUUCCAAAUACAAAUUAUUAUUAUAGAUGAUUUAAUUAUAGUGAAUGUUAAAAUUUUAUUUAUUUAAAUACAAAUCUGGAUUUU